UUCGAACAGAAAAGGAAAGGAGGAAGAGAGGCAGGUAGCAGAGAAAUGGAGUUUGACAAGAGGAAAGCGUCGACGCUAGCGUCACUGAGCUCAAAUGAGACGGACAAAUCACCGAAAGGCACGUUAGACACGCCCAUCAUCCCUCUCCUCGACGCCAUCAACAACCACCCUUCUUACUUCACUACCAGCUCCUGCUCCGGUCGUAUCUCUAUCCUUUCCCAACCCAAACCCGACCCCAACUCGAAUAAUCCAACCAAAAAGAAAGCCCGAGGAGGGACCUGGCUCUUCAUCACCCACGACAUGGCGGAUCCCGACUCAGUCAUCUCCCUCCUCUUUGCUGACUCGACCAAGUUGACUCAACUAAGUGAGUUGGUCUUCCGUUUUGAGCCUCUCAUCAUUGCGGUUGAGUGCAGGGACUUAAAUUCAGCUCAGAACUUGGUUUCCUUGGCUAUUGCUUGCGGGUUCAGAGAGUCUGGGAUUACAAGCGUGAGUAAGAGAGUAAUCGUGGGGAUACGGUGCUCGAUUCGGAUGGAGGUGCCUUUGGGUGAUACCCAGAAAAUUAUGGUAUCUAAAGAUUACGUGAGGUUCCUUGUUGAGGUUGCUAAUGAGAAAAUGGAAGCUAAUAGGCAGAGAAGUGAAGGUUUUCUUAGAGCUUUUAUGAAGGAUCAGGCUGGAGCAUAUGAGAAUGGGAAUGGCUCAAUCUGUAGUGAGAGUGGUGAUUGGAAUGAAGGUCAGGAUGGUUUGGAGAGAAGUUUUGGAGAUGCCCAAGACAUCGAUCCUAAUGAGAAAACGACUUUUUCUUGUCAAUCAUUGGCAGGAACAGAAGGAAUUCGCAGUUGUAGUUUAUCUAUUACUAAGAUGGUAAUUGUUGGUGAACCCGUAGAAAGGCUGUUCCUUUGGGGGCAUUCAGCUUGUACCGUGGAUAACAUAGACAAAACUAUGGUUCUUGUCUUUGGUGGCUUUGGGGGCAUUGGAAGACAUGCAAGGAGAAAUGAUUCUUUUCUUCUUGAUCCAUUUCUUGGAAAUUUGAAAGAAAUUAAUGUGGUGGGCUGUCCAUCUCCUCGCCUGGGUCACACCUCUUCUUUGGUAGGAGAUUGCAUGUUUGUUAUUGGAGGCAGGGCUGAUCCUUUGAACAUUCUGAGUGAUGUAUGGGUUCUCAAUACGGUUAAGAAUGAAUGGAGGUUACUAGAUUGUACUGGCAGUGCCUUUCCUCCCAGGCAUCGACAUGCAGCUGCAGUAGUUGGAUCAAAGAUUUAUGUCUUUGGUGGACUUAACAAUGAUACAAUCUCGUCAUCUUUGCAUGUUCUUGACACCAAUACACUGCAGUGGGAAGAAUUGGUGGUCCAUGGUGAAUGGCCAUGUGCCCGUCAUUCUCACUCAAUGGUUACUUAUGAGUCUAAGUUAUUCAUGUUUGGAGGGUACCAUGGAGAGAAAGCACUUGGGGACUUGUACAGCUUUGAUACUCAAACAUGUUUAUGGAAAAUAGAAAAGGUAGGAGGAAGAAGCCCACAUGCUAGGUUCUCCCACUCGAUGUUUGUCUACAAAAAUUAUAUUGGAAUAAUCGGAGGUUGUCCUGUCAGACAACAUUGUCAAGAGUUGGCAUUACUUGAUAUACGAAGCCUAGUUUGGAAGCAUGUGACCCUCAAUUCAAUUGAUAAAGAACUGUUUGUGCGAUGCACCGCCAAUGUUGUUCAUGAUAAUCUUGUUAUGGUUGGUGGUGGAGCAGCUUGUUAUGCCUUUGGAACAAAGUUUAGUGAGCCAGUGAAAAUUGAAUUGCUUCCUUUGUUAUCUUUAGAUGAUCAUGAAAAUGCUCCAAAGAUGGGAGAAAAUCAAGUUAAUAACCAAGAGGAGGGUAUGACAGCAAAUGGGAAUGAUCUUAUUCAAGCUUCACAUGUUGGAAAUGCUCUUGGUUCAACUCAAAGUCCUAAACCACAGAGUUUAAAUGUUGGGAAUCAGAUGGUUGCUUCAAGUUGGGUUGUACAACUUGAAAGAAAAUAUGCAAAAUUAGGAAAGGACAUAUUGAAGAAGUUUGGAUGGUUAGAUCUUGAGAGAAAGGCUUAUGCACUAGAUGAUGGUCUACGUAUCUCUUUCCCUGUGACAGAGAAGUUUUGUGCUAUAUUUCCAGAAGACAAAUUUGAAGGCUUGAUUGAUCAUCAUCCAUCUAAAACAUUUAGAGCUGAAAGUGUUCUGUUAAAUGAGGUGUCCUCCUCAGCAGCUUUGGAUAUUCUUAAGAAAUGUGGUGCUACUAAGCUGCCAGAUGAGGUUAUUGAAGCCAGAAAAGCUUCCAAAUCACCCUUAAAAAUAAUGACUGAAGCUGUUGCCUCUUUGAUUAGGCAUAAGGGCUUGUCCGUUAAACUUCUGGAGCAGCUACCAAGCAGGUGGGAACGACUUGGUGAUAUUGUUGUGCUUCCAGUUUCAUCCUUCAAGGACCCAGUAUGGGAUUCGAUUGGAGAGGAGCUUUGGCCCAUUAUUGCCAGAUCCCUGAAUACUUGUCGCCUUGCUCGCCAAGGCCGAGUUGCACCAAAUGGUACAAGAGACAGUACUUUGGAGAUUCUUAUGGGAGAUAGUGGCUGGGUUGAUCAUCGUGAAAAUGGGAUUCUAUAUUCUUUUGAUGCGACUAAGUGCAUGUUUUCUUGGGGCAAUCUUUCUGAGAAAAUGCGCAUGGCCAAUUUGGAUUGUACAGAUGCAGUUAUCGUGGAUCUGUUUGCUGGAAUUGGAUAUUUUGUGUUGCCCUUCCUUGUUAGGGCAAAAGCAAAGCUAGUAUAUGCUUGUGAAUGGAAUCCCCAUGCCAUUGAGGCUCUUAAACGGAAUCUUCAAGCCAAUUCUGUCUCUGAUCGUUGUAUCAUACUUGAAGGGGAUAAUCGAAUUACCGCACCCAAGGGAGUUGCAGAUCGAGUUUGUCUUGGUCUUCUUCCGUCAAGUGAGGCUAGCUGGCUUAUUGCUGUGAGGGCAUUAAGGAGUGAGGGUGGAAUAUUACACGUGCAUGGGAAUGUGAAGGACACAAAUGAGGAAUCGUGGACUAAACAUGUUUCAAAAUCGAUAUCCGAAAUCGCUAGAUCCGAAGGUCAUUGUUGGGAAGUGGCUGUAGAGCAUGUGGAGAGAGUAAAAUGGUACGCCCCACACAUCCGCCAUCUUGUUGCUGAUGUUAGAUGCAGACAGAUUCAUGCCUGAAAAUUUUCAUGUAACAAAAUAGUCUCUAGGAAAUAACUAGGGGUUGUGUAUAUGGGCCGGGUCAUAAUAACCCAUUUUACCCAUUCAUGGCCCAUAAGUCUGUCACAACUCACAAGUACAAAUUUGUCAAUUCAUUUUUGUUCUAAAAAAGCUGUCCUCGUAAAGAUCCAAAGUAGGCAAUCAAGUUGUCCUGUGGGCCAUGGCGCAUGGCCCAUCAAUAA